GAGGCGGUCUCACGCAUAAAGGCUUUGGCACCCGAUGGCGAUGUACAACCUAGCACCGAGGUGGACCUCUUCAUAUCAACCGAAAAAAUAAUGGUACUCAACACAGACCUCAAGGAAAUCAUGAUGGACCAUGCGCUGCGCACCAUCUCCUACAUCGCAGACAUUGGCGAUUUGGUUGUGUUGAUGGCACGCCGCCGCUUCGUGCCGCAGGACAUUGAUGAUGCGCCCAAGCCGAAUCGCACACCCAAAAUGAUCUGCCAUGUAUUCGAGAGUGAUGAAGCGCAAUUCAUAGCACAAUCAAUUGGACAGGCCUUCCAGGUGGCCUACAUGGAGUUCCUUAAAGCAAAUGGAAUUGAGGAUCAUAGUUUUGUCAAGGAAAUGGACUAUCAAGAGGUGCUCAACAGUCAGGAGAUUUUCGGCGAUGAACUGGAAAUUUUCGCCAAAAAGGAGCUGCAGAAGGAAGUGGUCGUUCCUAAGGCAAAGGGCGAGAUAUUGGGUGUAGUGAUUGUGGAAAGCGGUUGGGGUUCAAUGCUGCCAACUGUGGUCAUUGCGAAUCUUAUGUCGUCCGGCGCUGCGGCGCGUUGUGGUCAAUUGAAUAUUGGCGAUCAGUUGAUUGCCAUCAAUGGGCUAAGUUUGGUGGGGUUACCGUUAUCCACGUGUCAAACGUACAUAAAGAAUACCAAAAAUCAAACGGUAGUCAAAUUUACAGUAGUGCCAUGCGCACCUGUAGUCGAGGUUAAAAUCAAACGACCCAAUACCAAGUACCAACUCGGUUUCAGUGUACAAAAUGGUGUGAUUUGCAGUUUGCUACGUGGUGGCAUCGCUGAGCGUGGCGGUGUGCGCGUGGGGCAUCGCAUAAUUGAAAUCAAUAACCAAAGUGUGGUCGCAGUGCCACAUGAGAAGAUCGUCAAUCUGCUAGCGACUUCUGUGGGCGAGAUUCUAAUGAAAACUAUGCCAACAUCAAUGUUCCGAUUACUUACCGGCCAGGAGAAUCCAAUCUAUAUUUAAAGCAAGCGGCUUAAACUGGCUAAAACGUAUACAUACAUAAAUACUUACAACUUUAAAUGAAUACUUAUAUAAACAAGUACUUAUAAAUUAUAUUUAGUUACAAAUCACUUUUAGCAAUUUAAGCGAAACUUCACACCUGUAUUUCCAAAAAAAAAAUAAUAAUAAUACUAAUAAAAAAAUACAUAAAAAAGUUUAAAAGUGGUUAAAUAAACAAAUGUAAAUUACAGUUUGUUAACUAUAUUAAAAUAACAACAACAACAAAUUUAGCAAAUGGAAUUAGCAAACUGUUCAUUAACAUAAAAUUGCAUACAUAUAAAUAAAACGCAUACAUUAGAUGAAGCAAAUUGGCAAAAGUGAAAUGGAGUUGGAAAAAAAAAAUACUCAAGGCAUUUCGAACACAGAAAAUUCAGAAUUAAAUAAGUUUAAACAAAAUAGCAAGCUAACUGUAAAUUUUAAGCAUUCACAAAAAUAAGAGGAAUUAAACGUUGAAAUAACAAAAAAUUAACUAUAAAAUAUAUGUAUGUAUAAAAAAUAAAAAAUAAAAACUAUUUCUAUAUAUGUAUGUACUUUACUCAGUUAGCUGCCUAAAAAACUAGCGCUCUCUGCUAUGGCAUUACGCCAAACACAUUCAAACACACACACAUAUGCAAUUGAAUUACAUUUAUAUAUUCGUAAAAAAUAUGCGAUAAAGUAA